AUGAGUGCCGAUUACCAUUUAUCGGAAAACUUAUCCGAAAAUGGCGUUUUGAAAGAAACCUAUUUUCUUGAAAACUGUGUAUCCCAACAAGUUGUAGCUUUGCUUCGUGGCUUAGAAGAAUGUCGCCAGAAACAGUUAUAUACGGAUGUUAUUCUAUGUGCCUCUGGUGAAGAGUUUCCCUGUCAUAAGGUUGUACUGGCUUCAAGUUCCCGAUACUUCAGUGCGAUGUUUAUGACCCCCUUUUCUGAGCAACAGACCUCUCGAGUCAAUCUCAAGCAGGUCUCUCCUUGGGCUCUCCGUUACCUUAUUAAUUUUGCUUACACUGGUCGUCUGACUCUAAGUACUGCAGUGGUUCAAGAUCUCUUCGUAGCAGCUAAUCUCCUUGAUUACCCGCUGGCUGUGGAGGCCUGUGUUGAUUUCAUGAAACGUCAUCUUCAUAUCUCUAACUGUCUUGGUGUUCAACUGUUGGCUGAGGUCUAUGAACUUCAUGAUCUGGCGAAGAGUGCUCGUACAUUGGCAUUGGAAAAUUUUUCAACGCUGGUAAAUGCCGAGGAAUCAACUUUAGAUGAAUGGCUCCAACUUCCCCUUAAGAGCGUAGAAUCCUAUCUCAGCGCAGAUGAUCUGGAAGUCCGUUCUGAAAAGGAGGUUCUGGAUGCUUGCUUGAUUUGGGUCGCUCACGAACCUGAAAAGCGUGCCUGUCAUCUCAGUGAUCUGCUUCAUCAUGUUCGUCUUCAGCAACUAUCGCCUAGUCUUCUUAGGACUUAUAUUGAAUCUACCUCUAGCAUUAUUCGCGAAUCGCCAGCAGCUCUCGUUUACUUUAAAGAGAUCAUCGAUUCCUUGGAAAACAACAACCACAUUACUCCAUCGUCUGUUAACCACAACACUGCAAUACCUAGCACAUCCCUCAAACCUCGUCCUUCUACGUUGAAGCGUCCAACUCUUGUUGCAGUUGGUGGAAUUAGUUCUACCUUCAUUUUGGACUCUGUUGAUGCAUUUUCCUUUGUUAGAGGACGUUGCUUGACUUGCCCCGCUAUGCCUGUGAAUAGUUUGAUGUGGUUCUCUGCCGCUGUGGCUGAAAAUAUACUCAUCAUAACUGGCGGUAUUCGGGCGGGUGAAAUACUCUCGAGUGUGUACCGCUUCAACGUGCAGGAGAAUACCUGGAGUCAAGGACGCAGUAUGCCAAUCGCCAGAGCUCGUCACGCUUCUGUGGCAGUUCGUGGUGGACAUGUCUUCCUCUUUGGUGGAGUCACUGUGUCGCCGCCAAAUGUUUCUUCACGUCAUAUGGCAUCUGAGAACGCGCAGAGGGCGCAUUCUGAUGGUGAUGAAGUGAGGGGAAUAGCUGAAAGUUGGGGUGGUGAGGUGCCAGACUUACAGUUGGUGAGCACCAUCAGUCGAUACGAUGUGGCAAAAGAUGAAUGGGUAACCGCAGGCCACUCCAGAUACCCUCGACAAAUGUCGUCUAUCGCCGUUGUCUCCCCAGUUAGAGUUGAUAAAGAGUUAUCGUGCAAUCAUUCUACUGGUGACCGAGAUUCUACUGAUUGCCAUUCUUCUGCUUCAUUCUACACUGUUGUUGAAAUGGGCGGAAGCUUGGACACUGAAAUGAACGUGGUUUCCGAGAGGAUGGCCAUCUACAUUGUUCGACCAAAUUUGACAGUCGAUGCAUCUGAUGACUACAUUGCUUUGACGCGGCAGGUGCGAUAUGCGAAAUGUGCUGCAAAUCAGUUUCAGAAUUGA